AUGCAGCCGACGGCAACCGACGCGCCACCGACUCGGCCGGGGGCGGUCCAGCAGCAGCCUCUGUCUGCCUGUGGUCCAACGGCUCGACACGAGGGUGGUCUUACGACGUCAGCAGCAAAUUGUUAUGACAUUCGGCGGCGUGGCCGCGCGCACUGCCCCCAGGCCAGACGUUUAGGCGACGCUCCAUCUCAUUUCCCUCGCCCGCCUUCUGCAAAGGUUAAUUUCGCGCUCGAGUGGCGCGGGCGGCGCGGGGCGGCAACUUGUGUAAGACCGCCACAGCCGCCGCCGGCCCCGGACUCAGCCCCGCGCAACUUGGCCGUCGCGACGCCGGCACGCUGCUCAGCCGGCGCGUCGACGCCGGCGCCGGCGACGUCUUGUAGCGAGCCGCUCUCGGUCUGCGCCGCUCGCCGCUUUUCAAGUCGAACUGCGCUGUCUGCUCCGCUGCCAGAUUCUGACGAUGAGAGCACUGCCGCCCCUCGGCCACGCGGACGCAGCGGGAAACAGAAGAGGAGGGCACCAGCUGCGACAGCUGCUGCUCGCAGCUCGCCGAUUGAGAAGAGGGCCAAGCAAGACUUCGCCCCUGACGCUGACGGUUUCGUCCCGGCCCGGCGCACUGCCAGACGCAUGCUGUCAUCGACGACGCCACCAACUGUCGUCGCCAACUCCUUCGAUGCGCUCGAGGACGCGCCGGACCCGCCGCCGAGCACUCCUGCGCCGAGGACGGACUCCCAUCUUCCGCCGGUGGUUCUUCAGUUUCGGCCGCCCUAUGGAGAACUGCAGAAGCUGUUGCGCAGCUGGACAACGGCCGUGUACACCGUGAAGCCUGCGGGGCGAGACCUAUACAGGGUCACACUCCGCACUGCUGAUGACUAUCGCCGGGUCACCCAGGAGGCGUCUGAGCGUGGAAGUGCGUGCCCCCGUCCGCCCUCCGAGAAGCCUACAUGUGCACUCUGUGGCGGUGCUCAUGUGGCUAGUUAUCGUGGGUGUGAGGUAUGGAAGCGUGCCAUUGCUCGCCAGCGUGGCCAAACACCAGCGCCACAUCAGAAGAAGCUCGCAACGAGACGGCCAGGCGUCUCUUUCGCGGCGGCGACGUCAGGGACGUCCUCCGCCGCCCCGGCUACGUCGGUUCCUGCUCCCGCCGCAUCCGAGGCCGUACCGACACCGGAGGCUCCUGCGCCUCCACCACCGCAGCCAGUGGCGGUACCGGGUACUGCCUCUCCCGGGCCGUCGGCCGGACCGCGCCCCACCAACCGCCGGCGCGGGGGUCACCGCCCAGUGGGUACCCAACGCUCAGCACCAUCCGUCGAGCAGCCCCAGGUGGACUCUCACAGCGAAGCAGCCACGCCCCCCCUUUCCUGCGCCGGGGCUGCGCCGGCUGUCUCCACCGCUGACCUGGCCAACCUCGUCGCGCAGCUCACAGCCCUGGUGACCAGUGCUACGAAGUUGAUUGAAGUCCUGUCGCAGCAACUCACCGCUGCAGUGCCGAUGGCCUCUCCGGCCCCAACCGCUGCCAACACUCAACAGCCGCACCAUGGGCAGCGUUAG